AAACAGGACACUAAAAAAACAUUACACUUUUUUUUUAUAUAGAUAUUCUUUUCUUUCCGUCUAUUCACUUUCAUGAAAGAAGACAUAAAAGACAACCAAGCAACAACAGUAGCAACAACAGAUGCGUCUGUUGAAAAAGUCAAGACGCGUCGCUUAAGAAAAAAAAAGCCGACUGCGUCAUUGCAACAACAGCAACAACAGCAACAACAAGAAGAAGGGGAGGAACAGGUGGUGCCUACUUCCGAACCUAUCAAAAAGAAGAAGAAGGCGCCCAAACCCAAAAAGAAGAAGGAGAAUGCCUCUUCUAGCAGCACCACGGUCUCCACCACCACCACGGAACUCAAGCAAGGCGAACAUGUCAUUGAUUACCAACGAUUGCAUGACGCACUUCGUGAGUCAUUUAGCAUUGACGAAAGAAGAGGUGAUAUUCAUUUCGCUCCGCUUACCAAGGCUACCGCAGCAGCAGCCGCAACGAAAAAGUAUGAAAAAUCACCCAUCUUUUCCAUGUCUUCAACGACAUCUUCUUCAGGCAGAAACUGUAACCAAAAUGCUCCAUCGGCCAAGAACCGACAUGCCGAAAUUCCUCCACCUGCAUUCAUGACGACAGAACGUUUAGGCAAGAAAAAAUCCAAGGCAUCAAAAAAAUCCACCAAAGACAGCAUGCAUGAAAAGUCUCCUAUGGCUUCCAUUCCCAUUGGAGAAGAAAAUACGUCAUCUCAACAAGAGAAAACGUCAUCUGAUAAGCGAGCAUUGUCUAGUCCUGAUAAGCGAGCAUUGUCCAGUCUUGAUAAGCCAGCUUUGCCUAGCCAUGAAAAACAAGCCUCUUCCAGCCGUGACAAGCCAGCAUCGUCCAGCCAUCACGAGAAGCAAGAAAAACCCGCCAAGGUCAAGAAAUCCAAGGCCAGUCCUCAUCAACAACCCCAUGACACUGACGGAGAAAAGGCCAAGAUCCUCAAGAUCAAGGCUGCGCGAAAGAAGGUAGCUCAGGAAGACGGAGCAGUCCCAUCAAGGGGUAAGGUUAAAAAAUCAUCAUCGGAAGAAUACCGUCAUCCAAAUGAUGUUACGCAUGGUAAGAAUCGAGUUCGAUUUGAACCUUAUGUGGAUCCCAAGAUCUGUCAAGAAAGAUUGGACUCUGGUAAAUAUUUCAAAGGUCUGCUUCGAAUCAAUAAACGUAACCGAAAUGACGCUUAUGUGACGUGUGAUAAUCUCGACGCCGAUGUAUUCAUUCAUGGACAGCGUGAUCGUAAUCGUGCCUUGGAAGGUGAUAUUGUCAUUAUUGAAUUGUUGGAUCUUGAAACUAUUUGGGCUAAAAAGAAGGAAUCCAUGAUUCAGAAACGGGAACAACGUCAUAGUACAGCCUUGGAGAGACCUCCACAAGAUGAAGGUGAAGAUGAUAAGGCCAAGCCUAAAUAUGUGGGUAAAGUCGUCUAUAUCUCUACACCCAACAAAAACAACCUCUGCUCUGGUACGUUAUCCAUUCAACCCAGGUUCUCUGAUCCCAAUCAAGACCCCAUCGAUCUUAAAAAUGUACGCAUGGCUUGGUUUAAGCCUAUCGAUCCUCGUAACCCCCUUAUUGGUAUCCAAUUGAAAAAUGCUCCCGCCGAUCUCGUCAAGAACGAGGCUAAAUACAAGGAUCUUCUUAUGGUGGCAAAGAUCACGCGUUGGCCGAUCGAUUCCAUCUCUCCCUUUGGUUCCAUCGUACGUGAAUUGGGUCCUAUUGGUAAUAUCGUGGCUGAAACUCAAGCAGUGCUUGCUGAUAAUAAUAUCGCGGAGAAAGCAUUUGGUGCAAAGGCUUUAAACGCUUUACCUGAAGUGCCUUGGUCUAUCAAACAAGCCGAUAUCAAUAAGCGACGUGAUCUUCGUGACACACGCAUCUUUACUAUCGAUCCCGCUACAGCCAAAGAUUUGGAUGAUGCUGUGCAUGUAACAAAAUUAAACGAAGAAGAGUUUGAAGUAGGUGUUCAUAUUGCCGAUGUCUCUCAUUUCGUCAAUCAACAUACGGCCUUGGAUCAUGAAGCCUUUGACCGAGGUACCAGUACUUAUUUAUGUGACCGUGUCAUUCCCAUGUUACCUUCUUUACUCUGUGAAGAAUUAUGUAGUUUAAACCCUGGUGUUGAAAGGCUUGCUUUCUCAGUGAUUUGGAAGAUGGACACUGCAGGUAAUAUCAAGGACACUUGGUUUGGCAAGACCGUGAUUAAAUCUUGUGUUAAGCUUGCUUAUGAAGAUGCUCAAAGUGUGAUUGAAAACACGGGUUUACCCAAAUCUGUCAAUGUGAAAGAUUACACGUUAUCCCAAGUGGAGCAAGAUAUCCAAUAUCUUUUCAAGCUCUCAAAACAAAUGCGUCAACGUCGAUUUGAUAGUGGUGCAUUAUCGAUUAACUCCAUCCGCUUGUCCUUUAAAUUGAAUGAAUUGGGUGAGCCCUGUGAUGUAGCUAUCUAUGAACAAAAGGAUGCCAAUCGAUUGAUUGAAGAAUUUAUGCUGUGUGCCAAUAUGAGUGUCGCUAAAAAGAUCAGUCACCAUUACCCCAAGGAAGCUCUAUUGCGUCAACACGCGCCUCCUCACGAAAAGAGCCUUGCGGAGUUUAUCAAGAUUGCCGAGAAUUUAGGCUAUGACAUGGACGGGUCUAGCGCAGGAUCGAUUCAAAAGUCGUUCAACAAAAUUGAGAAUGAAGAUGUAAAAGCAGUAUUACGUCUUUUAGCGGUGAAACCAAUGCAACGAGCAAAGUACUUUUGUACGGGCAGUUGUGAUGCCAUCAAGUAUCGCCAUUAUGCAUUGAACGUGCCACUGUACACCCAUUUUACGUCGCCUAUUCGACGAUUUGCUGACAUCAUUGUGCAUCGUCAAUUAGAAGCAGCUUUAUUAGAAAAGCCCUCCUGUGGUUACAAAAAGAACGAUAUCCAAAAGGCGGCUAAUCAUUGUAAUGAUCGUAAGGAAGGGGCCAAGAACUCUCAAGAUAUGAACAUUCAACUGUAUUUGGCUCAUUAUUUACAUGGUUUGGAAAAACAAACUCAAAAGCCUGUUGUAUGUGAAGCGAUUGUGACGCAGGUAUUGAAGGACUGCUUUGAAAUUUUGGUGGCCGAGUAUGGUCUUGAAAAAAGAGUGCAUAUGGAUGCACUGCCGAUUGAACGAUUUGUGUAUGACCCUCACAAGGUUGCAUUAGCGGCUUAUUGGAAAGAAGGGAUUGAGUCUAACCGAGAAUGGGACCAGGGACGUAAAUUGAUGGAGGAUUAUGUAGAACCCUCCGGUACUCAACUGUAUUUGGAUCAAGACUCAAAUGACGAAGAAACAGCUACAAAGACAAUUGUCAAAAUCCCACAAGAAUUACUCUCUGAACAAUUGAUUGAUCAUCAACACAAGAUGCAACGUUUCCAACCUUUUUCGAAAAUCACUGUACGUAUUCAAGUGAAUGUGGAGAAAUCUCCACCCAUUGUUAAUAUUUAUCCUGUAAAUCCUUUUCAAUAAAACGAUUUUUUUGUUUUGUUUGUUUAUUUUC